AUGAGCGACUCAUCACGAGCAAUUGUGCUGAACGAGAACAAAGCGACUGCCAAAGGCAGAAACAAACGGCGAGCCAGGUAGCGAACGCCAACAAAUUGGGGUUGUCCAAAAUUACAAAUGACUGUGGCCGACGCUCGCGCGGACAAUGAAAGGACAAGCGUGAAAAUUGGCAUCCGCCGGUACGGCUUCUCUUAGUAUUGCUAAUAACGCCCAAAUAAUGAGCGCCAACAGUGAAAAAAAGCACGAUUAAAAAACCAGCUUCAGGAUUCGUCUUCUUCGAUGAUAUUUUCAAUCAUCGAAAAAAAUGAAAAAGAAGAAAACUAAAGACUCGUUUGCAACAUGAUAGAACUUCAGAAGAUGCAAUUUUGAUAGCAGAAAAGUCUGUCCUGCAAACUGACGCAAAACUUCAGAAGAAAAAGAACGCCGUCAUUUCUAACUCUCACAAGGUCAAUUUGUUCUUCUACACGUCGCUAACGUGUUUGAAACCUCAAACCAGUCAUUAGUAAUAGUAAAAACAACUUGAUGUUUUUUUUUUUGAAUGCUCGGAACUUGGAGGCCACCUUGAUUUUUUUUAAAAAGGAAAUUUUAUACAACGAUGUUCGGUGAACUACUGUUUGAAACUAAUUUCGUCCAACUAUUCGGCUUUUAAGAAAUAAUGGAAACAAUUAUUCUGAACUUGCGAGUAUUAAAACCAAGCUUAGCUUUUCUGAAGACCCAGUCAGUGUCUCAACUGACAAGAUGUUUUAAACAAAAACAACGUUCUAAAAGAGUAUUUAAAAAUUGACAUGUGUCUGAAUGACAAUAUAAGGAAAUGAGAUGUAAACAAAAUGAUGAGAGGACAAGCUAGGAACGGGGAAAAGCUGAGGUUGUGGCGGUUGGGAGAGUACGAGUGCUAUGUAGGUAUAGGAACGGUCGGAGCGACUCGAACAAACACGCGUUGACCGGUAGGCCGACGAAGCUGGAGCUCCGUCGGUGGAGCGCGAAGCACAUUUUCGGUGACCAACUUUUUCGUGAAUUGCUGCACACGACGACCCGAACAAGGUCACUUGUCACGCUAAUAACCAGCCAGACAGACGACUGCGGUUAAUCCGAAGCCCCGCAUCUCGGGACACAAAAUGGCAUUCACCGCGUUGGCAGUAACAAGUGCGCAGCGGAAAAGACAGUUUUUGCGAAAGAAAACUGAAAAAAAUCAGAAUUCAAUCAAUAAAGGGCAUUUUGCGAACAUCGAUAAUAUCAACUGAAAUCUAAUUUCCAAAAAUGGAAUUUUUCUCUUUUUCACUUUAUUGAGAAAAAUAAAGAAACUUUCAUUUUGGUUGAGUAACUUUUAAAGUAUAGAAUUUAGAAAAAGAUUCAACCAAAGAUAAAAUUUUCACGAAAAACGCACAAGAGAAUGAAAUAUUAUCAGCCAAAAAGCUCCCUCUGAAUAAGUGAGCCUUUAAAAAAAGUGAAAAAUCUGUAACUCCUGCUCUGUGAUGAAAUUAUGCAAUUUUAAAUCAAUUCUGCUUCUGGCCUUGAUGAAUAUCAAAAGUGGUAGAAAACGAAAAUGAGCGCUUUUUCUAAAAAAAAAAACUGCAAGAUGAUUUCGAUGAGAAACUAAAUGAUCGGACACGAUUGGAAACAGUUGAAAGCUUAAAAGAAAAACUUGUUUCCGUGACCCCAACUAUUUUUUUAUUUAAAAAAAAAAACGUCUUAAAAGCCAAGUGGCUCUUUAGAAUUGAGAGUAGGACUUGAUGCCGGUGAUAAUGCAGUGAAGUGGACGGCGAGCCCUGGGGAUUCAAGCGCGGCGCCGUCAGACGAUGA